UAAAAAUGCAAGAAGAAUCUGCUAAUAGGCAAGAGGCAGCAAGACGAGCAACGGAAGAACAAAUUCAAGCACAGCGCCGUCAAACAGAAAGGGAAAAGGCUGAAAUAGAACGUGAGACAAUUAGAGUGAGGGCAAUGGCUGAAGCGGCAGGGCGGGCCCAUGAGGCUAAGCUUGCUGAAGAGGUCAACAGGCGAAUGCUAGUAGAACGUGCAAAUGCAGAGGGAGAGAAAUGGGUUGCUGCUAUAAACACAACCUUUGAUCAUAUCAGAGGUGGUUUGCGGGCAAUAUUAACAGAUCAAAAUAAGCUGGUUGUGGCUGUUGGUGGAGUGACAGCUCUUGCGGCAGGUAUCUACAUGACAAGAGAAGGCGCAAGGGUGAUUUGGAGUUAUGUGGAUAGAAUACUAGGACAACCAUCAUUGAUCAGAGAGUCUUCUAGGGAAAAAUUCCCUUGGUCAGGCAUGUUUCCACAUGCCAUGAGCACUCUCUCACGUGGUGCUGAUCAAGGGUCUGCCUUGCAAAAUGGGAAUGGGUUUGGUGAUGUCAUCUUGAACCCUUCUCUUCAGAAACAAAUUCAGCAGUUGGCUAGUGCUACCACCAAUACGAAAUCCCAUCAGGCACCAUUUCGAAACAUGCUUUUCUAUGGACCUCCAGGGACAGGGAAAACAAUGGCUGCAAGNAUGGGUUUGGUGAUGUCAUCUUGA